AUUUUAAAUAUAAAUGAAACCCCAAUUGUUAAAUAAAAUAUCAAUAAAACAAAUAAAAUGAGCAAACGAAUCAAUUUUCAACAAAAGAUCUAACGAAAAACGGAUGGCAACAAUAGCGAACAAAGGCAAAUAAAUGCUGAAUCCUGUGAAAAGUGAAAGCAAUUGAAAUUCGCUUGAAAACAUGAUGAAAUGAAAUAUUUUUCGGUGCAGGAUAUAUGAAAAAUCAACAGAACGGUUUCCCCUCAGUAUAUAUAUUUAUAUAUGUAUAUACCAGAAAGUGAGUGCGUGUGCAAUUGUGUGAACACCUACAGAAGAAAUAAUAUAAAAAACGAAAAAAUAACAAAUAAAAAGGAGGAAAAAGGAUACGCGAGCUUUUCAAGCACACGGACUUUCGACUGUCCCAUCUGACCAAGCCGAAGUUGAGGAUUAUUUUUGCCAUCAGAGAGAACAAUAAAACUGCCAGUAGUCAUAAAAGCAGCAGUUAUAUAUAUACUUGGAUCCAUGUAUAUAGAUCAGUGACUUUUUUCGAAAGAUCAAAAUGAAUUCCAAUCAUCUGUCAGCUUGUCUCGUCAUCCCAGCCCAUCAGCACAGAUAGUCUAAAUGACCAGAAAGAAAACACGUCAAUCCAGAGUCACAUCGAAAUAGGUGAAGACAGUUAGACAAUAGCUGCUCGGUCAGGUCGCACAACUUGAAGAACUACUGUGCCAGGAUGGGGGAAAGUCAGCUGCUGCUUUUACUGCGGCUCCUGCUGCUACCGACAGUCCUUAUUGGCUGGAUGAACUGCGCUGAGGCCUCCACGGCGGACAUCUACAAGGGCGCCCGUUUGGGUCACCGCAUCGUCCAAACGCGCUAUGGCCGACUACAUGGACUCAUCCUGCCGUUGGACAGCUUUCGCUUCCUGCGAUCCGUGGAGGUCUUUCUUGGUGUGCCAUAUGCAACGCCACCCACCAAACAAAAUCGGUUUAGUCCCACGAGGGCACCGGCGCCUUGGGACGGCAUCCGGAUAUCGGAUAAAUACAGUCCCGUGUGUCCGCAGCGAUUGCCCAACAUUCAAAAUGAGACGGCGGCCCUGGAGAAGAUGCCCAAGGGUCGCUUAGAGUACUUGAAGAGGCUGCUACCUUUUCUAGAGAACCAAUCCGAGGAUUGUCUCUACCUUAAUGUCUUCUCCCCAGUUAAUGCUGGAGCCAAUGAGAAGAAAUUGCCGGUGAUUGUGUUCAUACACGGCGAAUCCUUCGAGUGGAGUAGCGGAAAUCCUUACGAUGGCAGUGUCCUCGCCAGCUACGGAGAAGUGGUAGUGGUGACACUCAACUACAGGCUGGGAAUAUUGGGUUUCCUUAAUGCCAAUCCCAACCCCCACGCCCAUGCCAGGGUGGCCAACUAUGGACUGAUGGAUCAGAUGGCCGCUCUCCAUUGGAUCCAACAGAAUAUCCAAAAGUUUGGAGGAGAUCCCAACUCAGUGACGCUAGCGGGACAUGGAACAGGAGCUGCUUGCAUUAAUUACCUAAUGACUUCGCCCACAAUGGUCCGCGGUCUGUUCCAUCGUGCCAUCCUAAUGUCCGGUUCUGCUUAUUCAUCCUGGGCCUUGGUUGAGGAUCCUGUGUUGUUUGCCAUUAAGUUGGCCAAGGAGGUUAAUUGUACGAUUCCCGACGAUAUAAAUCGGCAUCACGAGCAGAUUGUCGACUGUCUGAGGGAGGUGCUGCUGGAGGACCUGUACACUGCUGACAUUCAGGCUCCCAACUUUCUAACAUCCUUUGGGCCUUCGGUUGAUGGCGUUGUCAUACGACCCGGACAUUCCAAUCUCGAUAUCGAUGAUUUAAUGGCGCGCAACUCGAGGCGUUCGUCAGCGGACUCCGGAUUCCAAUCGUCCGCCGGAGGUGGUGGUGGCGGACCAGGAGGCGGACCCGGUGGCGGUGGCUCCGGUUCAUCGUUUGGCGGUGGAUAUUUUGGUGGCGGCGGUGGGGCAGGAACGGCAAACAUGGGCGGUCACUAUGACGUCCUGUUUGGCGUCGUUACGGGCGAAUCGAUUUGGCGCUUCAGUGCCCACGAUAUACAAAAUGGUUUCGAGGGCGAGAGACGCGAUAAAAUUAUCCGCACCUACGUUCGCAAUGCCUACAAUUAUCACCUCAACGAGAUAUUCUAUACGAUCGUCAACGAGUACACGGAUUGGGAUCGCACCUCGCAGCAUCCGAUCAAUACACGGGACACGGCAGUGGCCGCUCUGUCUGAUGCCCAGUUUGUGGCACCGAUUGUCCGAGCUGGCGAUAUCCUGGCAGCCAAUUCCCCACCACCGGUUAGCUCAUCCUCGCCAACUGCCUCGGCAGGUGGAAAUGCAGCUGCCUCGACCUCUGCGGGCUCAACGCAACCCUCCGGUCGCUGCUAUUUCUAUGUGUUCGAUUACCAGACAAAGGACGGUGACUACCCCCAAAGGAUGGGCACUGUGCAUGGCGAGGAUUUGCCCUAUAUUUUCGGUGCCCCACUGGUCGACGGCUUUAGUCACUUUCCACAAAACUAUACCAAAUCGGAGACGGCUCUUUCCGAGGCGGUGAUGAUUUUCUGGACGAACUUUGCACGCACCGGCAAUCCGAAUGAACAUCAUCGCCAGGACUCGUCACUACCAGUUUCAAAGGAACGCAACCGCUUCCGCAGCAUCACUUGGGAAAAUUAUGAUCCGCUGCACCAAAAGUAUUUGGAAAUAGGAAUGAAGCCGCGCAUUAAGAAUCACUUUCGGGCCCAUCAACUCUCGAUUUGGUUGCGCUUGAUACCGGAGCUCCAUCGCGCCGGGAUGGAGGAUGUGAUAGCCCGGCACAAUCUGUUCCGCAAUCACGACGAUAUGGACCUGUACGAGGGACCCGUUAAACCGGAUCCGUUUGGCAUAUCCUCAGCAGCCGGAGCAACUGGCUCCUCAUCUUCAUCCUCGUCGUCGUCAUCAUCGCGCCUCCUCCUCAUCGAUGAGCAAUUGAUGAUGAAGAAGGGACGCGGACUGAAUGCCUCGGCCUAUUUGAACGGCAUAUUGGGUGUUACCACCGUUGAGCCAAACAACAUGUAUACGACCUGUAUACCCAUCGGAGGAAAUUACUCGGGCGGCGGAGGUGUCUUUGCACCAACCACUCUGGCUAACGCCUCCUCGGACACUUUGGCCUCUGGUUUCGAGGCGGCUGGUUAUGCGGCCUAUUCGACGGCCCUCAGUGUAACCAUUGCCAUUGGCUGCAGCCUGUUGAUACUCAAUGUACUGAUUUUCGCCGGAGUCUACUAUCAGCGGGAUAAGACGCGUUUGGAAGUGAAGACCCUGCAGAAGCAAUACCAACAGCGAAGUCUGCACCAGCAGGUGCCCUAUCCACCGGAACCCAUUAAGCACGCCCACUACCACAUGGGUCAUUCGCAGAGCUCGGCCAAUGUCAUCGUGGACGUGGAGAGCCAUCAGGAUCAGGCCGGUCAGGCGGCCAUGCUGCUCCAAGCCGCAGCCGCCGCCGCAGCAGCAGCGGCCAAUGAUGUGAAGCCACCGCCACCGCACAUCUGCUCAAAUACAGGUAUGCAGCAACAGCAGCAGGUGGGCGGUGGCAGUGGCGGGGCCCUUAAUAACGGUGGUAUGGAGGGUUCAAAGGUGACCACAGACAACCUAGGCAACGUCACAUACAGCACCAGCUCGAAGCAGCAGCAGCAACAUCAACAGCAACAGCAGCAGCAGCGUGAGCACAUGCAAAUCAAGGGAAUGACCGGCACGCAAACCUUUGGACGAAGUGGCUCUGGAUCAGGAGGCGGGGCUGGAGGUGGAGGAGGUUCUGGAUCCGGUGGCGCCUCCGUGGUGGUCUCCGGCAGCAGUGUUACCUACAAUCCGGGAAUGAUGACGCUGCCCAAGUCGAGUGGACUCCAUCACGCAGCCACUUUGAAUUAUGCGCGAAAUACGGCCGCCUUGAAUUUGUCGGGCGGAGGAACCGCCCUUGUGGAUAGUCGAGGCAAUGUCCUGCUCACCAGCACAGCAGUGGGUCCUGGAAUGGUUGGAGGAGGUGGUGGUAUUUCUGGAGGCGGCGGAGGAGGAUCCACCGGUGGCGGAGGCGGUGAUUGCAUGACUCUGCCACGAAAUCUAAGUCUGGCGGCCGCAGGACGACACAAUCCCACGACAGCAGAGCUGCAGCAAUAUCAGCAGCAACAGCAGCAGUCGAGCAAACAUCAGGCGAAUGGAGCUGUCCUCACUGGCAUGCAGUCGCAUCACAUACGCGGACCACGCCCCCCGCUUCGCACCGCCUCCUCGACGACAACGAACAGUAGCAGCAAUAACUCUGCAAUGGGUGUGGCUGUGGGUGGAGGCGGUGGCAACAUGCUGCUGGACCAAACGCCAUCCGGCGGCAGCAGCAGCAGCGGAGUAAGCAGUGCCCCCAGCUCCUCGAAGGGUCACCACACCCACUCGCACUCGCAUGCCGCCCACUUGGUGCACUCGCACGGCGACGGUAGCCUCGUCCUAACCUCCGCCUCACCGGUGGGCGGCCAACAGCAGCAGCAGCACCCGCAGCAGCAUCAGCAUACGCAGCAGCAACAACAGCAACAGCAGCAAGUGCCGCAGGCGGCGAUGGACGAGAUGCGCGUCUGAUAGGUAUCGGUCUUUGAGUUGGACUUAUAGUCAUCAACGGGCUCCAUAGAAACUCUGCGAGCGGAAACGCCCGAGGAGUUCUAUGCACCGAAGCAGGCGGAUGAUGGCAGCCAACUCAAUGGGACACCAACAGAUGCAGAUGUACUGGGACU